CCCGGAGGGGGAACGCGGCCGGGCGGUGCCGUGCCUCGGCCUCGGCCUGCUGCUCGUGAGCUGCGCCGGCCGGGCCUGCGGCUGCUGAGACCCUUGUUACGAGAAGCGGGCUGCUCCCGGCCGGGACCGGCCCCAGCACGGGUCCGGAACCGGCCGCGCCGGCCGCUGAGGGGCCCCGGCCCCUGCCCCACGGCGCGGCCAUGGCGGCGGCCCAGCGGGACUCGGCGGAGCCCGCGGCCCCGGAGCGGCAGAACCUCCUGGCCCUGCGGCGGCUGCGGCGGCACGGCGAGGAGCAGGCCCGGCUCCCCCUGCACCGGCUGCUGGUGACGGCGCGGCUGCGCGAGGCGGCGGCAGAGGAGGAGGUGGCAGGUUAUCACAGAAGGCUGUUUGAAUAUGCCUCAAAAUACAACUCAAGAGAACCAGUCUCAGGUCUGCUACUUCUCUGUUCCAGCCACGUUCUUCAUGUAGUGGAGACUUGCAGCAGCACAAUACAUCUUAUCAUCCGAGAUCUAGCUUCUCUCCAAGAUCAAGGUCCCAGUGCUUUACUUCAGGACAUUAAAGUUGCAGUGGUAGCACAUAACAUCCCCACCAGACAGUUCCCAGACUGGUAUAUGACAGUGGUGACAUCUCCUGUGACACAUCCACAAGACACAACUGAGUCACAGCCUGUGGAAGGGACAGUUGCAGAGUGCCUUAAUCUCCUGUUCAGAGCAGCAGCCUGCACACCAAAACCUGUCGAGGAUGACAGCGAGGACGCAACCGACAGCCCGCAUGCUCUUGCACCCAAACUGCUGAUCCCAGCAGAGACAAUUAGCCGUUUGUGCAGAACUGAAGAAUGUGCAAGCCCAGGAGACUUCCUGAAAAUGUAUUUAAGUCCUUUACAACUUGCCCUGGAUUCAGGUACGCUGCACACGGUUUUACAGAUGGGCAUCCCAUUUACUCACAUGGCUGCAGUUCUGGCUCAUGCCCCUGAACUGGGAGGCAGAAGAGCUCGUUACGGGGCGGGAGCGGUGAGCCGCUACCAGCAGGCGCCUUCCCUCCCGAGGCGCACCUGAGCAGAGGGCAGGGGGCAGCCAGGCUCGUUCUGAUGCGGCAUCAAGGAGAGCGCAGCCAAAACGUGUGGAGCUUGU